CGAGAAAGUCAAACACGCCUCACUUCAGAUGGUGCAACCAGCUACGCAUUUGAUAUUUCGACGGCGCGAGUGAAGAAGGACCCUGAGCCUCACCGUGUUUUGGCGCCAUUCCAGCAAAGCAAGCAUAGGCGUUCAUGGCCGAACAAGGAAAAAGAGGGUUCAAGCUACCCAUAGGUGCAUGGGACAGCCACAUCCAUAUCAUUGAUGAAGACCAUUGGAAAAUCAAUGACGAUGCACCCUUUCACCCGAAACAGGCCAACCUGGACCAGCUGCUGGCAUUCGAGCGUACGCUGGGAAUAGACCACGUCUGCGUCGUGGCCAUGUCGGUUUACAUGACCGACAACCGCUGUAACAUGGACGGUUUACGUCGUCUCAAGGGCAAGGGUAGGGGUGUCGCCAUCAUCGACCCGGACACCGUCACCGACGAGGAGUUGGACGAGAUGCACUCGGUCGGGUUCCGUGGGGUGAGAAUUAACCUACGCACGAGAUCCCAGGCCUACGGUCCGCAUGUCUGGGGUGAGGUCCUCCCAAAAUAUGUGGCGAGGCUGCGCAGACUGAAAAGCUGGGUCGUUCAGAUUUUUGUGUCGAUGGACCAGAUCCAACACAUCGCGCCACACGUCCCCGGCUUGUUACAGGCGGGUCUCAAGGUCGUCUUUGACCACGUCGGCCAUCCGGAGGCUGGCGGAUCACCAAUAUCUCAACCGGGUUGCAAGGAACUUUACGAUUUGUUGUCGAACCACAAACAAGUCUACAUCAAACUCAGUGGACUCUACAGGCUCCCCGAGGUUCCCGACCUUGAUACGCACGUCCGCCACCUGCUCGAAAUCGCCCCCGACCAAAUCGUCUGGGCCAGCGACUGGCCGCACACGGCAGGGCCAGAGUUCAACCCCGGAGGCAACCCGCAGGCAGUGCAGGACUUCAUGGUUGUGGACAUUCUCGGUUUCAUCAAACAGUGCGUCGAGCGGUGCCAGGGUGACCCCGAGCUCAUCCACAAGAUCUGGGUGGACAACCCGAGACGACUCUGGGACUAUCAUGAUGGAGAUUAAAGACACCAGCAACGAGCCAGACGAAGUAGAGUCACCGUUCACUUGUAUGUGUCAGUGUAUGUGGAGUGCCCUCGGAAAGCAUGUAGCUCCCCCAGGACUCCUCUGAUCUGCUGCGGUUUCUAUCAGCUU